AGCUCUGUAUUUUGCCUAUCAUCCAUUUUCCACGGUAGUCUUUCUUCGACUCCCUUAAACAUUUAGGGCUACAUGGAUUAAUAUACUAUACAUAUCUUAAUCGGCUGAUAAAAUGGUUAACAAUACCGAUCUGGUCAGCAUAAUCGAUCCGUUUGUCGGCGAGGGAGUACAAACAAACUCCGAUUUUUUGAAAAACAUGGAAAACCUUCAGUUUGAAACGUCACUACGACUUGGACACUUUCUCCAAGUUUUUUUGGAGGUGAUAAAUUUUUUGGUGUACUGGAGAACCGUGGGGUUCGUGGGGAUUGUGGGAUUCUUGAUAUACUUGCUUUUCUGGAGACCGUAUAACCGAUACCGGGACCUGACCGAGUUAGGGUAUGAUGAAGCAAAUACGAGACAAGGGGGGAACAACGUGGCCAGAAUGAAUUUCAUUAACGAUAUGAGGAAAGCGAGGAAAGUCGGGGUUGCGACCGCCCUUUAUCCGAAUGGGUGGUUUGUCGUGAUGGAGAGUAGAUUACUGAAGAAAACCGAGGCAAAAGAAGCCAAUUAUUUCGGGAAGACGUUCGUGGUUUGGCGGGGUUCUAGCGGGCAGGCGUACAUCGCGGAUGGCUACUGUCCCCACAUCGGUGCCCACUUGGGCGUCAUGGGCCUCGUGAAGGGAGACUGCAUCGAGUGCCCCUUUCACGGGUGGACGUUUGAAGGGACUGGGGGAACCUGUGUCAAGAUUCCCUAUGCAGAUCCCAGUUCGAUACCGAAAAGUGCGAAACUAAAGCUCCACACAUCUCUCGAAAUGAACGGAUUCAUCUUUAUCUGGUAUCAUGAUAAAGGGCUCCAGCCAACAUGGACGCCUCGAAGAAUUCCGGAAGUGGACAAUGGCCGUUGGAAAUAUAGAGGUCGUUCCGAGUUUCGUGUAUCAGUUCAUGCCCAAGAAAUCGCAGAAAACAUAGCAGACACGGGGCACUUUGCGAAACUGCAUGAAACCUCGUACCUCGCCGGAAUUAAUUUCAAUAAUCGAAUGCUGGAUAAUAUUUUCGAUCAGGAGUGGAAAGCUGGGUGGUACGUGAGCAAGGAAGCCGAUCGUGGACACGAGUCCUUCAUGGAGGCUGCAAUAAUCCAUAAAGUUUUCAAAAGGACGAUUCUCAACACAGAAUUUGGGACGAUCGGAGGGUCCAGGGAUUACGACAUUUUUGAGCGACCUUUUUGGCAAGUCGGCCUUCUUUUUGAUGGUCACACCCGUCGGUCCCUUUGAAACUAGGAUGAUCAAGCACAUGUACAGCGAACCGACUCUUUUAGCCCAUCCCUUUGCAUUAGCAGUCCUUUACGUAGAGUCACUCCAGAUUGACAGAGACUGUGAGAUUUGGAACCGUAAAACUCGUCUGGCGAAUCCAAAGUUGAUCAAGGAAGACCGACUGAUAAAGGAGCAGCGUCGCACAAUUCUACUCGAAAAAGUCAGAACUUGAGAAUGGGUACAAAAUUGAGGAUAAUUUGGAUAACGAAGAGAGCACAUUACAAGGCGAAACAAGAAACUCACUUAUUUAGACUUAUGUAUGUCCAUAUAUCUGUUCAC